AUUGACAACUCUAGACAGAAUUCUUGCCAUUUUUUAUACGAAAAGAACAGUGUUUCUGAAUUGAUAGCUCCAAUUGUAUAGUUCAAUGUGUACGUCAUUCCAAUAAGAAACCCGUUUAGUUACUUGGCAAAGUAUUAAUAUGUUUGCGUUACGACAAUUAAGGCUGCAUGCCAGAGUCAAAAUACAUUUGCCGUACCUAUCGGCAGCAACAAAAACAACAAAGGCAAAACACAUGCCAGCUGUGCCGGCGCGUGUGUUAAUUGGGAUGCAUACACAGGCGGGAGAUUAUCGGAGGCAAAGGCUGUUGAUGCUGGAGGAGCACAUGGCGAGAUGGACGCAACACCAAAGAACAUCGACCACACUGUCAGCUUCGGAAGAGCAAAGUAAGCCGCCUGGCAAAUCAUCGCUUCUACAGGAUUUGGCAGACGCAACAAAGCCUUACGCACAUCUGAUGCGUAUUGAUCGGCCUAUUGGUACUUAUUUACUCUUCUGGCCAUGUGGCUGGAGUAUUGCACUGAGCGCUGAUGCCGGUUGUUGGCCAGACUUGACCAUGUUGGGUUUGUUUGCUACCGGUGCGUUAAUCAUGCGUGGUGCCGGCUGCACCAUCAAUGAUCUGUGGGAUCGGGAUAUAGAUGCCAAGGUGGAGAGAACCCGCACACGCCCGCUAGCCUCCGGUCAGAUCUCGCAAUUUGAUGCCAUUGUCUUUCUUUCGGCACAACUUAGUCUGGGCUUACUGGUGCUUGUCCAGCUCAAUUGGCAAUCCAUAUUGUUGGGUGCCAGCUCGUUGGGUCUUGUCAUCACAUAUCCACUGAUGAAGCGGGUGACCUACUGGCCCCAGUUGGUGCUCGGCAUGUGCUUCAAUUGGGGCGCUUUGCUGGGAUGGUGUGCCACUCAGGGCACUGUCAAUUUGGAUGCCUGUUUGCCCCUAUACCUUUCAGGAGUCUGCUGGACUAUUGUAUACGACACCAUCUAUGCUCACCAGGACAAGCUGGACGAUUUGCAAAUUGGCGUCAAGUCUACGGCGCUUCGAUUCGGCGAGAAUACAAAAGCUUGGCUAUCGGGAUUCACAGCAGCAAUGCUGACGGGACUCUCAGCCGCUGGAUAUGCCUGUGACCAGACGCUUCCAUACUAUGCUGCAGUUGGCGUCGUUGGCGCUCAUUUAAUCCAACAGAUUUACUCACUUAACAUAGACAAUCCGAGUGAUUGUGCCAAGAAAUUCAUUUCAAAUCACCAGGUCGGCCUUAUUCUAUUUCUGGGCAUUGUGCUGGGCACACUCCUCAAGUCGGAAGAUGCUAAAAGUCAGCGGAGAUCCUCAACCGCUUCUUCAUCAGCAGCAGCUACUGCCUAUGUACCAUUACCACAAUCCAAACCAGAUGUAAUUAGCUGAAAUGUCUUAGGUUAGUUGGCUUAAUUUAAUUUCAAUCAUCAUUUGCGCCUUUUCUUCGCACUAGACCAAAGUCUGUAGUUAGCUAAUUAGUUUAUGCAUAUUGUAUAUGGAAUUAAUUAUUAAUUGUUUUAACGAUAUCCAAGGUGAAUUAUUGUUUUACAAUAUAAAAAAAUACCUCGUUAAAAUCAAAGAACGCAAAACAGGUUGAGUGUAGUUGAUAUCUUUGAAGCUUAUCGACCCGUAACCUUUAAAAACAAACCGGUUUCUGUAUUAAAUCUAAUUGUUAUUUAUUAUUACAUAUAC